UAUACCUAUAUGAUAUUCUGCCCAUAUUAUAUUUACCAGAUGCAACGGUAUAUAGUUUUAGUGUUUUCUAUUUCCUUUUUACAAAAAAAAAAAUGUGACCAAAUAUACGGCUGACCAUUUCUUUAAGAUUUGGUUGUUUGAAUGUAUUCGCGUAAAUACAUGAUGUUAUUAAGAUAUUUAUAAAAUACAUUUUCUUCGCGACGAUAGAAAAGCACCUCAAUGCUAUGAAGGUUAUUUUAGCGAGUUUUCACAAAAAUGGGACGAAAUCAAUGAAUGAGGCGUUCCAAACGUUAGGCUACGGUGUUUUCGAUUGGUUUGAGCACUUCUGGUACCAUGGUAACGAUUAGAUGAGAAUACUUAAGGUGGGAGGUACAGUGGAAGAUUUUAGACGAAUGUACAAAGAUGUUGACGUCGUGGUGGACGCUCCCGCGUUCCUAUUUUGGGAGCAAAUACUAGAAGUUUAUCCCGAUGCAAAAGUAAUUAUUUCAAUACGAGACGAGGAGAAGUGGUUUCAAAGCUUCAAAAACCAUUUGCAUUCUGGUUCCUCAAAUGUUCUAUUGAAUCUAAUUCAUAUCUUCUCGUAUUCUGGUUGGUGUCAUUUUAGAUACUGUAACAAAGUUGCUAUCUUAACUAAUGGAUCGUACAAACCAACGCCUUGGUGGAAAUUAGACACAAGUCCGACAGUUAUGAAGAAUAUAUACCGCCAUCACAAUUCCUACGUUUUGCAGAGAGUUCCAAAGGAUCAACUGUUGGUGUUUGAUUUAAACGACGGCUGGGCACCCCUAUGCGAAUUUUUGGGCAAAGAGAUUCCAGACAAGCCUUUUCCUUUCAAAAAUAAAUCCGCUUCGUUUAUUUCUGACGCGAUCUCACAUCAUCCUAUUCUGCAAAGGAUGAUUAAAGAAACCAUCUUAUCUAUUGGGACUUUAACUUUUCUUGGAAUAUACUGCGGCUACAAAAUAUGGAAAAGGGUUUAAAUAAAGGAUUUAAAGAACGCUUUGGUAUAUAUAAUUGAUUUAUUCGACAAAGCAUGGUAUUUUAAAACUUACGUUUUAUAAGUAGGGAGAUCAUACUAUAUUGCUACAAAACACGAAAAUAUUGCCAUUACAAUUACCCCGAAAUCAUACAUUAACAUCGAGUACUGCAAUUAACCAAUAUUUAUACUAUAUGACAUAUCUUUGCUUUGUC